GCGCGCCUAGCGGCGAAACAUUGCACUUGUGACAACGGUGGCGGUUUAUUGUUUUCCGACUCUUCACCAUCUUCAUGACAGCGAGUUUUGGGGGGUGAGCAAUCCCGAUUACAGUUGGAGCCUCGUGGAAUACGGCUUGGCUUCUGUGAGACCGCACCUGGCGGGUGUCUUGGAGCUUGACCCCACCCAUCAGUUCGCAUGGAACCGAAUCGGUCUUCAGGUCACGGUGUUGGAGCCACAUUGUUGGGGGAGACCAGCUGCCCACUGAAAGUCACCAAGGACAUCUGGUUCAGAUGCUGUUCCUGUGCCUAUGUCACCAGAGAUCAGCGUCUAAUUGUGUACCACCUGGCUGCCCAUGGUGAUGAACAAUCCAAGUGCCAGCAUCUUCCCAUGUCUGGCUCUAAGUCCCAAGUGCUCGGCAGCACUCAAAAACACAAGAGUGAAAAGCCAUUUAAGUGCAAGCUUUGCCACCGAGAGUUUGCUUAUAAUUCCCUUCUGACCCGUCAUAGCCAAACACAUGCUGGUGAAAAGCCAUUUAAGUGCAUGCUAUGCCCCAAAGCCUUUGCUCAAAAUUCUCAUCUGCAAAGCCAUAAUCAAACUCACACUGGCGAGAAACUGUUUAAGUGCAAGCUUUGCCCCAAAGCCUUUACUCAGAAUAAAAAUCUGAUCUACCACAAUCGAAAACACACAGGUGAAAAACCAUUUAAAUGCAAGCUUUGCCCCAAAGAGUUUGCUUAUAAUUCCCUUCUGAUCUAUCAUAAUCAUUUGCACACUGGGGAAAAGCCAUUUAAGUGCAUGCAAUGCCCUAAGGUCUUUGCUCUAAAUUCCCAUCUGCAAAGCCAUAAUCGAAUGCACACUGGUGAAAAGCCUUUUAAGUGCAAGCAGUGCCCCCUAGCCUUUGCUCGAAAUUGUCAUCUGAAAACCCAUAACAGAAUGCACACUGGUGAAAAGCCAUUUAAGUGCAAGCAGUGCCCCCAAGCCUUUGCAGAUAAUUCGUCUCUGAGAACUCAUAAUCAAACACACACUGGUGAAAAGCCAUUCAAGUGCAAGCAGUGCCCCAAAGCAUUUGCUCACAGUAGCCAUCUGAUCCACCACAUUCGAAUGCACACAGGUGAAAAGCCAUUUAAGUGCAAGCAGUGCCCCAAAGCCUUUGCUCAAAAUUCCUAUCUGAGAAAGCAUAGUCGAACGCACGUUGGUGAAAAACCAUUUAAGUGCAAACAGUGCCCCCAAGCCUUUGCUCAAAACUCCUAUCUGAGAAAGCAUAAUCAAACUCACACUGGUGAAAAGCCAUUUAAGUGCAAGCAGUGCCCCCAAGCCUUUGCUCGAAACUCUGAUCUGCAAAGCCAUACUCGAACGCACACUGGUGAAAAGCCAUUUAAGUGCAAUCAGUGCCCCCAAACCUUUGCUCGAAAUACCCAUCUAAGAAGCCAUCAUUAUUUGCACACUGGUGAAAAGCCAUUUAAGUGCAUGCAGUGCCCCCUAGCCUUUGCUGAAAAUUCCUCUCUGCAAAGCCAUAAUCGAAUGCACACAGGUGAAAAGCCAUUUAAGUGCAGGAAGUGCCCCCAAGCCUUUUCUCGUAAUACCAAUCUGAUCCGCCAUUAUCGUAAACAUUGUUCAAGGGGAAACGAGGGUCUUUAACUUUUUUAUUAUAUUUCAUUUAUCACGCUGAAAUGUAGAAUACUGAUGUAUUUCACAGUGGUGAUUUCAAAUAUGAAUUUAGUUUUCAGAUAGCUUUGCUAGAUCCUGAGUUCUCAAUAAAUUUGUAAUUUUAAUUAGGCCCUCGUUACGGUUGUUAGCGUAAAAUUCUUCAGAAUAUAUCAGCAAUUUUUAUAGAAUUGCAUUUACAGACAUACUUUGUGUGGUGAUGCUAUUUUUGUUGCUUUAUAUGUCGUACAAUAAUUUUAAUUAAUUUGUCCCACAGUCUUAAUAGUUGUUAACGACCCGUAUGGAAGACCUAAUUAAAAUCUCAUAUUUAUUGAUAACUCAGGAUCUACUAAAGCUAUCUGAAAACUAAUUACAUAUUUGAAAUCACCACUGAGAAAUACACCUAUAUACUGAACUUAAGCACGAUAAAUGAAAAAUAUAAAGUUAGACCUUCGUCCCCCCUUAAAAACCUUAAAAGUACAAACAAUGCCCCAAAAGCUUUGCUUUGUUUAAGAGUUUAUCUGCAAAAACCAAAUGCGCACAUGCGGAGUGCCUGUAAGUUGAGUCCGCCCCACGUGUAAUCAUUUAACUGGAGGAAAACUUUAUGCCUUUUCAAUAAAAGUAUGCAUAUACUUGAGUGCAAGAUAGGUCCCAAGGCCUUUGCUCAGAUUAAUGGUGAAGCUCACCGCACUGAAGCGCUUAUGCGUAAUAAGCCUCACAAAUUCCAGCAGGGUUCCAGGCCAUUUUCUAAAAGGUCUUGCCUCACCAGGCACAUGCUGACACAUGAGGUUAACAAACCCUAAAGGCAUUUGCAUAAAGCCUGCUGCAGGUAGGACUUUCAAAUGCCAGCAAAAUCCGAGAAGCUUCGAUCAUAAUUUCUGCUAGGUUGGCCACAUAGCCAGACUGUUUGGCAUCGCUCUCCAGCCUUUUGUCCGAAUGCCGUCAUUUGUCAUCACACAAAGAUAUUGGGGAGUAGGAAAUAAUUCCUCUUCAACUGUGAUCUAGACUCUGGGUCAAUGAAUAGGAUUCAUGGUAAUAAAAACCAGAGACUCAGGUAAUAAAAAUUCAGGUAAAAACAUUCAUGGUAAUAAAAACUCGAGACUCAGUCUCGGGUUUUUGACCAUGGAUCACCACCAGCUCGCUUGUUUUUUAAAGUAUUGCUGAAUGAAUAGGAGACGUUGUUAAAUGUUUUUCAGAGCUGCUACUUUGUGUUCUGCACCUGAAUAUACAUUGGGUCAUGGUUUAGCUCUUGUUUUAAGCUCCCUUGAACUAGCUCAAGGUGUGCUCCUUUGAGGUAAGGUCUAAUAUAUCUGUAAGCGCCAAUGUCUAAAUUAGUCCAGCUUACCGUGAAAGUGGGGUGCACACUCUCCCUGUAUCUUACGGUACUUCUUUCUAUAAGGGAGAUACAAACGUGACAAAAUUUAAUGUGUAAGAAAAAUUCAAUCUUGCUUUUUUUCAAAAAAAAAAAAAGAAGGGCUGACAGUGUGAACUUCUACACUGUUGUGUCUUUCAGCUGCUGUGGGUUUCGGUACUGAAGUAACAGCUGAUUCACACAGUUGUGACUGCUUAUGACCUGAGAAACGUGUUUUUAAGUCUCUUGUGAGGGCUUAUGACUCUGGAGUGCUGUGCAGCUGGUCGCAAGCAGUCGCAGGAGGCUUGAAAACCGGUCUUGUCUUGGUCGGUCGUAGAUGGGCCUUAAGUAGUGCGAAGUAACUUUUUUCAAGAUUUUCAUUUCUGACAACCUUUACAGUGCUAAGACUUCAUUUUAGCAGUUACCUUGGUGGGGAACUAAUUGCCGAGCGUGUGUGUACACCGAACACUUCCUGCAAUCGGUUGGUACAUAGCUAGUUGAAUCCCUCGCACUGCCCAGCAGGUUUUGCUAUACAAUGGCAUUGUACCCAUUUUAAAUACUGCGUAAUGCCCCUUCGGGACUGCAUUAGCGAAAGUUUUGGAAAAUUUUGCACUGACUAACAUGGUUUUACUCGUAAGUGUUUUUGCCUUCCCUCUUUGCUCUGGCAUCUUCACAGUUAUGUAUUUAUUUGACACCUGUUUUCAGAUAUCACUUUUCUUUGUGUUCGGUGUUCCCAAUAUUUUCUUGCUCCGUGUUCAUUAUCCUGGCAGUUGUUUCUGCAUUGCCUGGCUGUCUGCAUCAGAAUUUUCAAACCGUAGAUGUCAUUGUUUGCUGGAAAAUUCCCUUUGCCUUUGUGUAGCACAGGAAAGUUUGUUCUGCUUCUCUAAUGGCUAACAUUCCUACAUCCUUUUAAAAAUGAAAGGGGUCAGUGAAGCUAAGUCUCAACGAAUACUAAUUUGGCCAUGAAUUUGCUUUGUUUCAAGGAUGCUUUGAAUUGUUGCUUAAUGUGUGAUUAUUUUUGCAUGGCGUAAUUUGCAAACGUAUCUUUAUUGCGGCAAUAUUUUUCCUUUUACUGUUAUGUCGUUUGUCUUGAACAAAAUCUGAGAUGAUAAAUAUGUAAUCAGACUUCUGUUUCACUGUUUCUCAGAAAUAUAGGUUGACAGUCAAGGUC